AUGAUCUAUACAUCAAAAUGGAAAAAUCAGCAUGGUAUUGAUCUAACAAUAACUGCACGUUUUGGUCAUCUGCAUUCUCUUCUUGUUUUUGCUGAUGACUCAUCGUCUUUCGAAUCCUUUUUAGAUUCAAGCCGGGCGCCAAGAUUGUUGAAAGAUGUAGAUAUUGAAAUAAAAGCUCCACGUCAAUGUCCACCUGCAUAUUCACUUAUAAUUCAACAAUUUCAUCGAAAUUGGAAUGAAGAUGAAUGGCUAGUUGAAUUGCAACAACAACGGUAUGUCUCUUUAUACAAAAUUACAAGAAUACGUAUGAAAGAUGGAUCAACAUUAAAUGCUGUUAGAGUCGAUUUUAAAACAAUUGAAGAGGUCAGAACACUCAUUAAAUCUGGAAAAAUAAAUGUGGGAAUGCAUUUACCAAUACGUAUUAAUAAAUGUCUGAAGUGUUUACAUCAUGACCGCACAACAAAAAGCUGUUCUCGACCUCAUUUAUGCCCAAGAUGUGCUGAAGAACAUUCACUUGAACAUGGUUGGCCCAAUCACGAAAGGUGCAUCAACUGUGAUGGUGAUCAUAUAUCUGGUCAUUUAGCAUGUCCAGUAGUACAAGAAAAACGUCAUGCUCUUGCGGAACAAUCAAAGAGACAAAGAUCAGAACUAUUAGCUCGAGCGGAACGACAACAACAUCAAUAUCACUUUCAAGGCAGUGAUUAUCCAGUAUUAUUAAAUGAUAAUCAAUCGUAUUCAUCUACAGACAUUCCACAUCAAACUACAGAAUCUUCUCAAAAAUCAUAUGGUCAGGGUCCGAUCGGAUUCAUUCACCUGGGUAAUCAACGUGAACGAAGUUCACCGAAAAAUAUUGAAUAUACUUCGCCUUCUUUCUUGAACAAAAUGGAACAUCGGUUGGAUAAAUUCUCUUCUCGUCUGUCAUUACAGCUAUGCGAUAUCGAUAAGAAAAUAAAUGUCUAUUAUGAUGGUCAAGUUGAAAUGGAAAAUAUUCUUCAUGAAACAAUUCUUCCAACUAUUCAAGAAUUAGCCCGUGUAGUAUCUCAAUCGUCCAGAAAUAGAAAUACUUAA